AGCUGAGCUUGACACUUUUCCGAGGCUGAAGAGUGGUUUCCCAGAAGCGUACACAAAACGGGCUGAACUUGAGGAGAACUGUGAAUUGUUCUUUUAUAAAGGACGAUACUUCGGAGGGAUUCCCAUUAGUCUUAAAGCAAGGAGCCGACAAUUUAUACACGAUGCAAGGAAGAAAAGAGGAUAAAAUGUUCCUCUAUGGCCGUUUGUGCUUACUUCUCGACGAAUCAUUAGUACCAGAACUUCUACACGACAUAGACACUCAUUACAUUCAAGAUAACUACUACGAUGUGUUCCGGACCAAUUCGUUAGAUCCUCAGCUAUCGGAAAUCUUUGCCUUAUUGUCUGAUCAGCAGCAUUUGUUAUACAAGACAGAAUCCCGUGCAUUUGAUCUUCGUCGUCUUCUGAUAUUGCUAUUAUGUGAGCAAACAGCAAGUGGUACUAUCUUCCAGACUAAGAUAAAAAGUUACUUGAAUAAGUUAAACGGGCUGGUUGCAAAGCAUUUUCAGAGAAUAUUACAUGACGAUGAAAAUGUGGUUGAUGCAGUUUUCGAUUACUACAAAGGGAAAUUGCGGCGGAAUCAUUGGAAAAAGGAAAUUGGUUCAAUUCAUGGUUUCCAAAGAUUUUGUCAGCUACACUAUGAACUGCAUGGGAACCAGCUCAAUAAAGACCAAUGCCUAUUCGCUUUGUCAGUAGCUCAUCUUUUUGAGGAACACUAUCAACCUUCUUAUAAAGAGAUGGGAUUCCGUUUGAUAAAUACAGUUCUCGACGCUACACCAGAAGAUAUCCUUCUUGAUUCAAACGUACACAAAGUCCUUUACCAUAUUUUAUUUAGAAAUAUUCCCAAAAUGUUUAGUGUUGCUGGAAGCUUUAUGCUAUGGCGUUGUUUGUGCAAAUGCAUUGCGCUGAUGAACCCCUCAGAUUUUUCAAAGUGGGUUGAGGUUGAUGAUGUUAUUGAAGCGGUAAUGCGUAAAAUAUCGCUAGAACCAGACUCAAGUGUUUGUUGCUACCAGUUUGGUAUUUUGUUGCAACUCGGUUUAGACAACGCAACAGAAAUAAAAGACUUAGUUAUUAUUGACGAUAUCCAAAAAUUCGGAGCUGAUGAGGUAGAUUUCGCUACUCUACGCCAAGCCUGCAAGAGUCAAAGCUUUAAAGUAUAUUAUAAAUGGGCCAAACGGUUGCUAGAACUGUUUUUGGCGGAAUCACAUUUGUUGCUAGUAGAGAAGGGAAAGGCAAUCCAGAUGCUGCGGGCGAUGCACACUUGUUAUAUAGUCUGCAUCACGACCAUGCCUGUUAAAGUUUGUGAACCUCACUUGAUACCAUUCCUAGAAAAGUUUAUACUAGUUCUGAUGGAAGUUAUCAUUAAUUUCAAAAAGGAUUCCACUAUAGUUCAGCUGGUCGAAGAGUUUUUGACGACAAUUUCACUACAUCUGGGCGAAGAAUCAUAUCAGCAGCUAAUGAGUGAGGAGGCAUCGGAGAUGAAAAUCAACUUAGAAAAGUUAUUGAAACAUUCUGCGUUUGGCAAAAGACCACUUCAAGGAGAAACAGAUUCUCAACCAGGAAACUCCGAAAUUCCGAAUUGCCCAAAUCCUGCACAACUUUGUAUAUAAUCCGUAAAAAUAAACUUAGUCCAAAAAUUUAAA